AUGUCCCGGGUGUUCUAUGAUUCAUCCGACGUAGACUAUGCCGCUGGUCCUGUCCAGCGUGACGAAGAUGGCCGUGACUACAAGGAUUUCUUCAAAGUAGUCACCGACAUUGAAGUAUUGGAUGACGACAAUCCCACUUUGAACACUAUGAAGGAAUCUCUCAUCGCUUUUCAGAGGGACAUUCUAUUAACACACCAUUAUCACCAUCAUGAAGGGAAAGACCAACCACCCCG